CCAUUGCUGUAGCUCAGUUGAAACGUCAUAUUUACAACAAGGAAGUGGCGCUGUAGCGUUAAAGUGUGGACUGAUUUAUUUUAUAAGCUGCUUAGAAAGACAGACAGCAGGUUUUUAAAGCCUGUCGCGCCGGUAGAUAAGCGUGACACACUGUCCUAAAGGUUGUAUAAGUGUGUUUCUUAAUUUAGUUAACCUGAAACUAGGCUCUGUUGAUGGGUGAAGUUGGGUCGCUAGACAGCAAGCAGUGGCAGGUGUGUGUCUUGUGUGUGUUUGAAUGACUUGAAACUCAUUUAUUCAAGAUUCCAAGUGACUAGUCUGCCACCGGCUUGAAACAAGAAAGUGUGGAAAGAACCUCUGGGGUCUCCCCAGCCUCCAGUCUUCAUCAUGAGGAUGAUAAUGUUCUUCCUGGUUGGACUUCUGGUCCAUGUCAUUUUCUUCAUCUCCAUCUUUGACAUCUACUUCACGUCGCCCCUGGUCCACGGCAUGGCCCCCCAGGUGUCCCCCCUGCCUCCCCCUGCCUCCCGCCUGCUGCUGGUGGUUGCAGAUGGACUCAGGGCAGACAGCCUCUAUAAGCCUGAUGCCAAUGGGUCCACCAGGGCACCUUACUUAAGGAGUGUGAUGGAGGAAACAGGGAGUUGGGGUGUGUCACACACUCGUGUUCCCACUGAGUCUCGACCUGGACACGUUGCUUUGAUCGCUGGCUUCUACGAAGAUGUCAGCGCUGUAGCUAAAGGCUGGAAGGAGAACCCAGUGGAGUUUGACUCAGUGUUCAAUGAGAGCAGACACACCUGGUGUUGGGGCAGCCCUGACAUCCUGCCCAUGUUCGCCAAAGGUGCCAGUGGGGACCAUGUGUACACCCACACCUACCCAGCAGAGAGAGAGGACUUUGCCUCCACCGACGCCUCCAGACUGGACACCUGGGUCUUUGAUGAAGUCAAGUGGUUCCUCCAGUCUGCCAGAGAGAACUCCAGUCUGAUGUCCAGUCUACAGAAGGAUCAGAAUGUCUUCUUCCUCCACCUACUGGGCAUUGACACCAAUGGACAUGCCCACAGACCCAUGUCACAGGAGUAUCUAGAGAACAUACGUCUGGUUGACUCAGGGGUGAAAGAGCUGGUCUCCAUGGUCGAGGACUUUUUUGACGACGAUGGAAGAACAGCCUAUGUGUUCACCUCUGACCACGGCAUGACCAACUGGGGCUCCCACGGUGCAGGCCACCCCUCUGAGACCCUGACCCCGUUGUUGGUGUGGGGGGCUGGGGUUCACACUGCUCAGAGAGUUACUGACCCCCAGAACUACUCAGAUGGAUACCUACAAGAAUGGCAGCUGGAGGGCCUCCGCAGGGUUGAUGUCAAUCAGGCAGACGUAGCACCACUGAUGUCAUCUCUUAUUGGAGUACCUAUCCCUCUCAACUCUGUGGGUGUGUUACCACUGCAGUACCUGAACAACAGUGACCAGUUUAAAGCUGAGAGUAUGUACUCUAAUGCCAUCCAGAUACUGGAACAGUUUAAGGUGAAGAUGGCUCAGAAAAAGGAAACAACUUUAUCCUUUCUCUUCACACCAUACCAGUUGCUGACAGAGUCACGCCAGGCAGAGUUUAUCAACAAGGCCAGGGUUCUGAUCCAGCUAGAGGAAUAUGAAGAAGCUAUCUCUCUGUGUAGGUCUCUGAUGGGCCAUGCGUUGGAGGGUCUGUCCUACUACCACACCUAUGACCGGUUCUUCCUGGGCUGUAGUGUUGUGCUGGGGUUCACAGGCUGGACCUCCUACGUGGUUCUAGUUAUACUGAAGACACACGCCAGUCUCAGGAGACCACCCACUGACCAGGUGUCUGGUAAAACCCUGUGGUGGAUGGGUGUGGGAGCAACGCUGCUGAUUGGAAUGUUCCUGACGAUCCAGAGAAGUCCAGUUACCUACUACAUCUACUGUCUACUGCCUGUCCCUGUCUGGUACUCUGUCCUCAAAGAGUUUGGAACUCUAACAGACCUGGUUCGUUCGUACAGUUCGCUACCACUGGGUAAAUGCUUUGGCUACUUUGUCCUGGUCACAUUUGGGAUUGAACUUCUGGUGGUGAGUUUCUUCCAUCGGGCCAUGCUGACUGUAGGCCUGGGGGUUCUCUCUCUCUGGCCCCUGCUCUCUGGCCUCUACAGCAAGGCCAAGUUUAGGUCAGUAAGCUGGGUCCUGGGUUGUUUGUUUCUGGCCACAUUUCCCAUGAUGCCAGUUGUGGGGAGAGAACCCAACAUUCACAUGGUUACCUGUGCAGGUGUACUCUCAUUGUUCAUUUCCGCCUGUUACCUCUGGUCAGCACGGAAACGGACUACACUACACAUGACUGACCGCUACCUCUUCAUCUCCCAGAUGCUCCAUGUAGCAGUGUGUGCCUAUGUGCCCACCAGCACCCACUCCAGUCUGCAGCUGAAACAGGGUCUGCCUCUCCUCAACCAGAUCAUCAGCUGGACUACACUGGGUUCUUCUCUGUUUGUUCCUUUGUUGAGUUCUACUCGUCUGUUCCAUCGUCUGCUCAGUAUCUUCCUCUCCCUCACAUCCACCUACCUACUACUGAGUACCGGGUCUGAGGCUCUGUUCCCCCCAGUCCUGUCCUGGCUGAUGUUUGUGUGGAUCAACAUGGAACAGGAAGCCAUGCUCUCUCAGGGUAUCUCUGGGAGACAGGAGCUGUCCACCCUUGACUUCUCUGAAAACAUUGACAUCACCAAGAUCAGACAACUAAAGCUGGAUGACAUCAGAAGAUCCUACUUCUUUGUUUUCUUCAUAAUUACAGCCUUCUUUGGUACAGGGAACAUAGCAUCCAUUAACAGUUUUGAUCCAGCCUCAGUGUACUGCUUCCUCACUGUCUUCAACCCCUUUAUCAUGGGAGGCCUGAUGAUGUGGAAGGUGAUAAUCCCAUUCAUCAUUGUUAUGUGUACAUUUGAAACCAUCCAGGUCUCUACACAACUUUCCUCCAGAAGUCUGUUCCUCAUCGUCCUGGUGAUUUCUGACCUGAUGGCUCUGCAUUUCUUCUUCCUAGUGCAGGACUAUGGGAGCUGGCUGGACAUUGGCACCAGCAUCAGCCACUAUGUGAUUGUGAUGUCCAUGACCAUUUUCCUGAUGCUGCUCAGUCUGAUGACCCACAUCCUCACCUCCAGGAGAGUCUCUCUGUGGAAGACACGCAAGAUGCACUUCCCCUGAACACUAUCUCUCUCUCUCUCUGUGUGUGUGUUAGUCUGUCUGUGCCUGUCUGUGUGUGUGUGUGCAUGCGUGUUUGAGUUUUUAUCAUGCCUAUUUAUUAACAUUCUCGAUUAGAUUUACCUGAAGUGCACAAUUAUGCAAAGCAAGAUGCUGUUGGACUAACUUUUGAUGUGCACUGGAAUUGUAUUACUGUAGAGGUCUACAUUAAAACUGUGGCUUAUUAAAGUGAGUGUAGCAAAAACGUAACCACAUGUAAUAUAUGGCGUUAUUCCCGUAAAACUUCAAUUAAACACAGUCUCAAAUAGCUGCCUGUCCCUUUUGAGUAGCCGGGGAACGGCACACAUUUCAGCAAAUUAACACCUGUUUCAAAUAAAUGCUGGGUCUAAAUGAAAUUGUUUACAAGGUUACCAUGCAUUGCCAUUAAUUGUUUACGAGGUUUAAUGUUUGAUUUGUUAAAUUUCACAAAUCCUGUAAUGACUCGAAAAAAUUAUGGCAAUCAUCAAUUUUUAUCGCCAGUAAUAAGCUGGUAGCCAUUGGCUGUGAAAAGCUGAGAACUGCUAGCUAACUGGCAACCACAAAAAGUCAACAACUUCGGGAGUACAGACCCCCAGAAAUUGGCAGUAAGAACUGCCGAAAAUGCACAGUCAAAGAGGAGAAUAAUUAUAGGUAUUCUGGCAAGGCUCUUUGGGGGAAGAAAUACAGUUGAAGUCGGAAGUUUACAUACACCUUGGCCAAAUACAUUUAAACUCAGUUUUUCACAA